UAUGUUAUUUAUCUUAUUUUAUUUUCAUUAUAAUUUUCAGAGCAAAUGAUGCUUUCCAUCAAUAAUUCAGGUUGAUGAAAAUUCUGAACCUUCUCAGAUGGCAUCCUCUGCUGGCUACAUCAACUCUCAAACUUGGGAGGCUUGGUAUGAGUCAUGGCUGGUGGUCUAUGGCAACGCCUCAAUGGUACUCAUGGUGGCUUUCCUCAUAUCACUUGCUGCAGCAGCUGCAGUUUAUUACCUGCCUGUGCUGCAGCCAUGCCAUGAUGACUUGAUUGAUCACAACCUACUGGAUAAGAAGUAUAGUGUAGGUGGACUUGCCAAAAAAGAGAUGAUGGAUUGCAGUGACUGCAAUGAUGGUAGUAAUAAUGAUGAGUCCACUGGAAUAUCAGCAGAUAGAAUUGGUGAAGCUGACUCUCUCAAAGCUGAAGAUGAUGGUUUCAUUUUUGCUGGUGAAAACGUGCGACGGCGAACCUGUAACCCACAACCUGAACUCUCUUCCUACGACCAGCACAUGGAAAAAGAAGUGAAGAACGAGCAGCUUGCCACCAUACAUCGACUCAUGCAGGCGCAGAGAGAAAAGUUCGGUGAUACUUCCAUGGACGACUUGGUCAACCAAAUGAAGCUUUAUGCGAGCUAACGACGUGCCUCUUGCCAGUGGUCAAUAAAUGGUUGGUCCAUUAGUACCUGUUGGGUUAUAAAAGGCAAUUCCUAUAGAGAAAAUUAUGUCCAAGAAGCGAGUACUCGUUUGGUAGAAUCAAUAUUAGUAUAGUCGUGAUAGCAUGGCUCCUGAGUAUCUAUCAUUGAAGGGUUUUUAACCACAAAUUUUUUUAUGGAAUGAAUCAGUACAAAUACUAAAGGAACUCUCAGAGUUCCGUCUCGCCUUUCCGUUCCGAACAUUUGGUAUGGAACUAAAAGUAAUCGCUGUCAUAGUAUAAAUUUAUUUUAUAUGGAAAGAAACGAACUGUCAUUUUUGUAUGGCGAUUUCUCAUAAAUCCGCGAGUUGUAUGACGAUAAAUUUCAUGCUACGCAAGAAUAACCUUCUGUACCUUGAGAAUCUCAUGAGACUAUAUCAUGAAAAUGUUUUGAAUCUAUAGGCAAAUCUCCAUUAAAGUUAGGGCUGGGGGCUCCCUGACGGCUGGGAUCCGUAAAUGGAAUUCACGAUUAUAUAAACGUUAUAAAGUCAUCCUUACUUAUAUUUCACGUGAAUAAAUCUUGUAUACCGUUGUUAGAAAAAAUAUGCGGGCUUGAUACAUGUGGACUAGACUUAGAAUUUCAAGUCGGAUAUCAAAAUCCAUUUAUUCCCAAUACCCUGACAUUUUAUCUCUUGAUUAGUUUCAUCUCUGAAUUACGGUAAAUUUUCAAGAAGUUUCUCGAAAGGAGUCCAAGAUUUGCGUUUAUUUUGUCAGACUGUUCCAGAUUGAGUAUAAUUUGCACCUCUGCAUUUUGAGGGACUGAUUCGUCUCUCAUGCACGUGCUGCUACUAGGCGCUUCAUGGGGAGCUCGUCACUUCUGUGGAGUUGUGGCAUACUUAACACCGAAUCGUGGACCAAAUACAAGUGUACGUUAUAUUACUGUACCUACGGGAUUAUUUUUUAAUUGUGUUAUAUUGUUGUUUCAGCAGAAUAUUUACUUAUUUAAAUGUCUGUCGUGAUGUUAGGAUUAUUCUGAUAUUGUUUCAUUAUUCAUUUCAUACUAAGGUACGUGUAAUCGAUGAUUUAAUAGUGUUAAUGAAGUUAAAACUUAUUUUAUCACUAUGAUAGAUUUGCCACCGGUAAGUUGUACUGAAAGUUUAGCUCGAGAUUGAUCUUGCUAUUCGAAUGAGUGACACCAGAUACUCUUACUCCUUGUUAUAUUUACCGUAGGUUGUUUCUUUAUCGCGAGUUCAUCACAUAAUCAAAUUGAAGCACCAAUCAAUCAGCUUAAGUGUCUGAACGCACAGAUUUCACUUAUUCAUCAAAUUCAUCACCCAUUUUGCGCUUAUUUCGAGAUAUACCUGCCUUUCUUGGUGCAAUAACUACGCGCUUUUGUGAAAUACAUAUGAAAAUUAUUUUUAUUGAAAUAUCUUUCAAAUGUAUGGAGAUUUCCUGUAUCAGGCGAUAACUGUCUAAAGAUAGUUUAUUUUAGCGUGAUACGUUACACCAUUAUUCUC